GAAAGCAACUAUAUAAAUAACAUACAAAUAUAUAUGAAAUUUUUUUGGCCUGCAAGUUGGCCAAGUUUAAAACACCGCUUGAAGAGAGAAAACAAAUUUCGGCACGUACUCAGUCAUGAGGCAGUAGAAUCCGAGCGCUUUUCCUCUGCAACCUUUGACCGCUUUGGCAAAUCUUUAAAGACCGCACAGACAAAGAAGAAGAAGACGAAGCAGAAGGAGAAGAAGAAGAAGAAGGCAAACAUGAAUAUUGCCAUCGCACACAAAUGGGAUAAAUUAUCGCCGCGCGAGUUUUUGCAACUGCAGGAAUUGGCAUCAUACUCCACACGCAAGCUACAGGAUGUGCUGCAGGAAUUCUGUACGCCCAGCGCAUCUGCCGCGCCCAAAUGCAUACCAGAUGGGGACAUUGACUUUGAUGGGUUUCGUCGGUUUUUGGACGCGUUCCUCGACUGUGAGACGCCGCUGGAUCUGGCCAAGCAUCUAUUCGUGUCGUUCCUUAAGCCAAAUGUCACACAGGCCCAGCUGCAUGGCAAGGCGCUCAAUCAAAUGGCGGCCAUUAGCAGCACGGCCGCCUGUGCACCCGUCACGUCCCAUACGAAGGGCUCCAUACCGAACAUCAACAGCAUCGCCGAGCUGAUGCCGCAGUGCAGCAUCGGUGGGGAUGGCCACUCUCAUGCCCAUUCGCAGAUCCAGGUCCAGACCCAGGCGCAGGCACGCACCAGCUUUGUGGACAAAAUCCAUGGCAUUACGGAUAAGUUACAGCACUCACUUGGUGGCCAUUUGACCCACGAUCCCAGCAAGACCGGCAGCGUGCAUCCGAUGUUAACGGUUACGCCCAGCCCAUUGGCCAGUGGACCGAGCAUAUUCCAGAGCAGCAACGCCGCCCGUCGCUCCGUGGACUCGAGCCCCUCGCACUCGCAGACGAACCACUCGCAAAUGUCGCGCAAUUCGUCGAAGAAGAGCAACAAUUCCGUUAAUUGCAAAAUUGAUACUGACAUUAAGCUGCUGGCACGCAAAUACUCGCACUUCGAUCCCUUGACACUGAAGGUUCCGCUAAAGGAUGUCGUCUGCUAUUUAUCACUGCUCGAGGCUGGCCGCCCAGAGGACAAACUCGAAUUCAUGUUCCGGCUGUACGAUACGGACAGCAAUGGAGUCCUGGACACAGCCGAAAUGGAUGCCAUUGUUAAUCAGAUGAUGGCCGUGGCCGAAUAUCUUGGCUGGGAUGUCAGCGAGUUGCGUCCGAUACUGCAAGAUAUGAUGGUUGAAAUUGACUAUGAUGCCGAUGGCACAGUGUCCUUGGAAGAAUGGCAACGUGGCGGCAUGACAACCAUACCGCUGCUCGUCCUGCUAGGUGUCGACAGCACUACGCUCAAAGAGGAUGGCAUUCAUGUGUGGCGCCUGAAGCACUUUAGCAAGCCAGCAUAUUGCAAUCUCUGCCUAAAUAUGUUGGUCGGCCUUGGCAAAAAGGGACUCUGCUGUGUUCUCUGCAAAUAUACGGUGCAUGAACGUUGCGUGCAACAUGCCCCUGCCUCAUGCAUCACAACCUACGUGAAGUCAAAGAAGCCCAAGUGUGGCGGAGAUCUGUUGCAUCAUUGGGUCGAGGGCAAUUGCUAUGGUCGCUGCUCCAAGUGCCGCAAGCGCAUUAAGGCCUAUCACGGCAUAACGGGACUCACCUGUCGCUGGUGCCACAUGAUGUUGCAUAAUCGCUGCGCCUCGUCUGUGAAAAAGGAAUGCACUUUGGGCGAAUAUGCGGAGCUAAUUGUGCCGCCCACAGCCAUAUGUCCCGCAGUGCUGGAUCGUCAGCGCUCCGUUAAUCAGGCGCACAAAAAAUCAAAUAUGCAUCAUCAUCAGCAGGCAACGCACUUUCAAAUUACGCCGCCGGAUGAGUUGAGCUGCCCUCUGCUGGUGUUUGUGAAUCCCAAGAGUGGAGGACGUCAGGGCGAUCGCAUUCUACGCAAAUUUCAGUACAUGCUCAAUCCCAGGCAGGUGUACGAUCUGUCCAAAGGUGGGCCCAAGGAAGGACUUACGCUCUUUAAGGACUUGCCCAAUUUUAAAGUCAUUUGCUGUGGCGGCGACGGCACCGUUGGCUGGGUCCUCGAGGCAAUGGAUUCCAUUGAGCUGGCCACACAGCCUGCCAUUGGGGUGAUUCCGCUUGGAACGGGAAAUGAUUUGGCACGCUGCCUGCGCUGGGGCGGCGGCUAUGAGGGUGAGAACAUACCCAAACUGAUGGACAAGAUAAAGCGCGCCUCGACCGUUAGCCUGGACCGCUGGAGCAUCGAGGUAACCAACACACCGCUCACCGUGGAGGAGCUGCGUCCCAAGGUAACUUUGCACUCAAACAUGCAGAAGGUGAUUGAAUUGUCGCAGAGCGUUGUGGUCGACAAAUCGGUGAUCGAACGUUUCGAGGAAAUCCAGCGGCAAAACUUCGUCAGCAACAGCGCCAGCAGUGGCAACGACAGCAUGUCAACGGGCAAACCGAUUAUGAUGGCAACAACAACCACAACUACAACGAGAACGGAGGAGGAGGAGGAGGAGGAGGAGCAGCAGCUGGAGGUGGUGCGAAGUGGGAAUGUUGUUGUAAGUGGCAGCACAACCACGAAGAGCAUUUCGAUGUCCACGUUCGAAACGAGGCGGGUGCAAAAAAAAACAUUGACUGCCACAAUGAGCAACAAGAGCAACAGCAGCAGCAACUCAAGUGGCAGUGGCAGCAAUUCCGUUGGCAGCAACAGCAAUCAGGCCCAACUGCUGGCAGCCAGCAGAACAGAUGCAACGGAAAAGCAAUCGCUAGAGACACUGCUGCUGCAGCACAAGCAACAGCAAAAGUUGGCAGCGGAACUGCAGCAGCGGCAGCAGCAGCAGCGGCAGCAGCAACAACCCACAGAGCAAGCAGCAACAGCAGCAUUUGAGCAUAAUCAAAGCGAUGAUCAUAAUAGUCAACAGCAACGCAUUGUUAAGCGGCAAAUUACAUUGUCAUUAGAUUUGUCCGACACCAGCAGCAAUACCAACGAGCCGCAGAGCAGACAACGUCAAGUGGAUAGCACGCCACAAACACCGAAAACACCAACAGCAGCUACAGGAACACCCUCUGCAACGGCAGCGUCUACACCAGCAACACCAAGGACUCCCUCAGCAGUAGCAGCAGCCCACACAGCAUCAACACCAACAACACCCUCAGCAGUAACAAUAGGAGCUGCAGCAACCACACCCACAGCAACAACAGCACCACCAGCAGCAGCAGCAGCAACUGGCAGCAGCAGCAACAUUCCACAAAAGCCCAUCAAAGUGCAAUCGGACAAGGACUGCACAGUGCCCUACAACAUUAUCAACAAUUAUUUUUCCGUUGGCGUGGACGCCGCAAUUUGUGUGAAAUUCCAUUUGGAGCGCGAGAAAAAUCCGCAUAAAUUCAAUAGCCGCAUGAAGAACAAACUUUGGUAUUUCGAAUAUGCAACAUCCGAGACUUUCGCUGCCUCCUGCAAAAAUUUGCAUGAACAUAUUGAAAUUGUGUGCGAUGGCGUUGCCUUAGACUUGGCCAAUGGUCCGCAUUUACAGGGUGUAGCAUUGCUGAAUAUACCCUAUACGCAUGGCGGCUCCAAUUUGUGGGGAGAGCAUCUAUCACAGAAACGCAUACGCAAGAGUGCCGGACCCUUUGGCAAGAGUAAAAAGCUAAAGUCCAGCGACAAGGAAUUCUCCGCGACGAGCUUCAAUUCCGUGGAUCUAUCUGUGGCUAUACAAGAUUUCGGUGAUCGCUUGAUAGAGGUAAUUGGCUUGGAGAAUUGUCUGCAUAUGGGCCAGGUGCGCACAGGUUUGCGCGCAUCGGGUCGUCGCUUGGCCCAGUGCAGCGAGGUGAUUAUCAAGACCAAAAAAACAUUUCCCAUGCAAAUCGAUGGCGAACCCUGGAUGCAAAUGCCUUGCACGAUAAAGGUAACUCACAAGAACCAGGUACCGAUGCUAAUGGCGCCGCGCUCCGAGAAAGGCCGCGGAUUCUUUAAUAUGUUGUGCAGCUGAUUCAGGCGCAGCGCAUCGAGCGACUUCAUUGGCCAACGCAGGCAGUUGGCGUCGGAGUCGGCCGAUGAGCUAGAAGAUAAUGAUUUUCGCAUUGUUACCAGAAGCAUCACCGUCCAUAAUUUACCUUAGCCUUAAAAGCCCCAUAGAUAUUAUAUAUAUAUUGCCCAUAGACGAAGAUCUAAACAAAUUUUUAGCAAAAUUCUCGAAUCGUUUCGUAUCGAGUGAGUUGGUAGAGCUUUACACACAUACAUUUUUUAAUAGCAUAAUUUAAUAUUGUAAAUGAGAAGUUCUACAAAAGUCGCAUGCAUUCCAGAUAGAACAGUUAUAUACAUAUAAAUCUUUAGUUAAAUUUACACGUAAGAAAUCUCAGUGUUAACCACGUGAAAGCUUUAGAUGUACUAUAUAUAUAGAUUGGUACACGUAUUUAUUAGGCACUGUAAGCAACACAUACACUUACACACACACAUACACACACGUAAAACUUGUCCAAUAAUGCAACUUAAAUGAGACCAAAAACAAACAAACAAA